AUGGGCCGCUCGUACGACGAAGACCCGCUCGCGGCGUUCACUGCCCCGCCUCCGAAUGAAACUCCGGCAGAACGCGAGCUGCGACUGCGGGCGGAGGCUGAGGCGCAGCGCAUUAGUGAUGAGAUCGACGCCCAGCUACGCAAAGAGCGCGAAGAGGAAAAGAAGCGCAAGCCAGUCAAGCUGUUGCUUCUAGGACAGUCGGAGUCGGGCAAGACCGCGACGUUGAAGAGUAAAUGUGAGGACACGCACACGGCGAUCGGUGCAUGCUUGUUAUCCCCUCUGACCACAUCCCAGUUCCAACUUCUCUACUGCAAACGACGGUGGCAAGAAGAACGCUCUUCAUGGCGCUGUGUUGUGUUGCUCAACCUCGUUCGUAACGUCAAUGACAUCCUUGAUCUCCUCGGUCGCGAGAUGGCCUCGGCCACGACGAAGACGCCGACGCUGCCCAGCGCUACCACCUCCACGUCUCAGGCUCCCUCCACUGCGAUUCCCACCUCCACCUCCUCCUCCCCGUCGGCCUCCCCUCUCUCCUCGGACGACGAGCCGGAGCCCGAGGUCGACAAGCCACCUCCGCGGCGACAGAGCGCGACGCUCGGCGGCCCGCGUUCACCCAAUCUCCCACCACUCAAAUUCAAAGACCGCCACCGCUUGCUGAGGCUGAAACUGGUGCCACUGCGCCGCAUACAAGCGGAUCUCGAGCAACGCCUCGGCGCGGCCGCGACGGAACUCUACACAACCUCAACCACGUCCGCGGCCCCCUUUGAGACCGUUCCCGGCGGAUCGCAGGCGUUCCAGAAACGGGAGAAGGAGUUUAGCAUCAACUCGACGAACGGGUGGAAGAGUGCGUUGGACAAGUUCCGCUCGGGAAGGAGGCGCUCGGGGGAUCAAGCACAGCGGGGCAAAGCGAGAAACUUGGAGGAUGAAAUGCUGAGUGUCGUUUCUGGAUGUAGGGAGGAUAUCAGGGCACUAUGGGAAGAUCGGACGGUUCGCGAGAUGCUCUCCAGGAGGAAGUCGAGGAUCGAGGACUCUGCAGGAUUCUUCUUGAACGAUGUUGACCGCAUCGCACGCGACGACUACCAGAUCACAGAUGACGAUGUCAUUCGUGCGCGUCUGAGGACUCUGGGGGUGCAGGAAUACCGUGUCACGUUUGAGCACGGACACUCCGCCGGAAGUGAAUGGCGGAUGUAUGAUGUGGGUGGAACGCGUAGUAGUCGUGCUGCGUGGUAUAGCUAUUUUGACGAUUGCGACGCCAUUCUCUUCCUUGCGCCUGUGUCGUGUUUCGACGAGAAACUGGCUGAAGACCGGCGGGUGAACCGUCUCGAAGACAGUUACAUGCUGUGGAAGAGCGUCUGUGCAUGCAAGAUGCUUGCUCGGACCCAGUUAAUUCUUUUUCUGAACAAGUGCGACCUGCUUCAAGCAAAGCUUAUGCGUGGCGUGAAAGUUCGCGAUUCGGUCCCGAGCUUCGCAGACCGUCGCAACGAUGUAGCAACGGCAACACGGUACUUCCAGCAGCAUUUCAAGGAGAUCCAGCGGAGCAACUCGCCUGUUCAGCGUCCCUUCUACGUUCAUCUUACUUCGGUUAUCGUGAGCGUUUCACCCCAACUUCGCUCGCCGCCUGCUGAUGAACGCCUCGAUCUUGAUUACCUCACCCACAACGAUCACGACAUGGCCAACCGCCCACCCACUCCCUGCGCCGAAAACCCCGGCCAAGUGUACCCCAGAUCCGAUCCUGCGAAAGCGGCCCCGCUGACCAACUCCUCCGAACGCUACCUCCCGCGCUACGUCGGCAACCCGUACCUGAUGAACGGCGCGUUCAAGAAGCUAGACCACUCGCUGGGGGAGAUCAUCGCUCUCCUCGAGCAGGAGGAGGCCAACUCGCUCCUGGACGAGGAAGAGAAUCCGCUGCUGACCAAGUUCAAAGACUGGCGCGACGAGCUCGACAUGAUCCGCGCGUCACAGGGGCGCAGCUCUGCCAGUGCGUCGUAUAUCCAGCUGGCCACACCUUCGCGCAGCCGGUCGCCGGGGCGCAGUCGCUCGCCCACUACCCGAGAGGGCGGACUGUUUGUCGACUAAGAUUUCACCUUUCUCUGGGGUUGGAAGAACUGCUUGCGUCGAACAGAAUUUGAAGAAGUAAAAUAAAGAACAUAACGAGCACCUCGUUUUGUACUGUAGCAUCAUAUGGACUUUUUGCACAUCCGUGUCAGCCUGAGUUGAUACAAGUCAGGUCAGGUCGUG